CAUUUCUACUGUGAUACCUGUUCUGUCCCCAUAUGUCGGGAAUGUACCAUGGGACGACAUGUGGGUCACAGCUUUAUCUACCUCCAAGAUGCCCUACAGGACUCCAGGACUCUCACCAUUCAGCUCCUGGCAGAUGCUCAGCAAGGACGACAGGCUAUUCAACUGAGUAUUGAACAGGCCCAGGCUGUGGCAGAGCAAGUGGAGAUGAAAGCAAAGGUGGUACAGUCUGAAGUCAAAGUAGUGACCACUAGACACAAGAAAGCCUUGGAAGAGCGGGAGUGUGAGCUGCUCUGGAAGGUGGAAAAGAUUCGCCAAGUCAAGGCCAAGUCCCUCUACUUGCAAGUUGAGAAGUUACGUCAGAACCUGAACAAGCUGGAUAACACCAUUAGUGCUGUUCAGCAGGUCCUGGAGGAGGGCCGCACCAUGGAUAUCCUUCUGGCUCGGGACCGCAUGCUGGCUCAGGUGCAGGAGCUGAAGAACGUCAGAGGCCUUCUGCAGCCCCAGGAAGACGACAGGAUCAUGUUCACCCCCCCCGACCAGGCAUUGUACAUGGCCAUUAAAUCAAUGGGCUUUGUCAGCAGCGGGGCCUUUGCUCCCUUGACCAAAGCCACGGGGGAAGGCCUCAAGCGCGCGCUGCAGGGCAAGGUGGCCUCCUUCACCGUGAUCGGCUACGACCACGACGGGGAGCCCCGCCUGUCUGGGGGCGACAUGAUCUCGGCAGUGGUCAUGGGCCCCGAUGGAAACCUGUUCGGGGCAGACGUCAGCGACCAGCAGAACGGCACCUACCUGGUCAGCUACCGUCCCCAGCUGGAGGGAGAGCACCUGGUGUCCGUGAUGAUGUGCAACCAGCACAUCGAGAACAGCCCCUUCAAGGUGCUGGUGAAGUCGGGGCGCAGCUACAUCGGCAUCGGGCUGCCGGGGCUGUCCUUCGGCAGCGAGGGCGACAGCGACGGCAAGCUGUGCCGGCCCUGGGGCGUCAGCGUCGACAAAGAGGGAUUCAUCAUCGUCGCCGACCGCAGCAACAACCGCAUCCAGGUGUUCAAGCCGUGCGGCACCUUCCAUCACAAGUUCGGCACACUGGGCUCCCGGCCAGGCCAGUUCGAUCGCCCCGCCGGCGUGGCCUGCGACGUCUCGCGUAGGAUCGUCGUGGCCGACAAGGACAAUCAUCGCAUCCAGAUCUUCACGUUCGAGGGGCAGUUCAUCCUGAAGUUUGGGGAGAAAGGAACCAAGAACGGGCAGUUCAAUUACCCCUGGGAUGUGGCUGUCAACGCAGAGGGCAAGAUCCUGGUCUCUGACACGAGGAACCAUCGCGUGCAGCUGUUCGGGCCCGACGGCGUGUUCCUCAACAAGUACGGCUUCGAAGGGGCGCUCUGGAAGCACUUUGAUUCCCCCAGAGGCGUGACGUUCAAUCACGAGGGCCACCUGGUAGUGACGGACUUCAACAACCAUCGCCUCCUGGUCAUCCACCCCGACUGCCAGUCGGCGCGCUUCCUGGGCUCCGAGGGCACCGGCAACGGGCAGUUCCUGCGCCCGCAGGGGGUGGCGGUGGAUCAGGAGGGGCGCAUCAUCGUGGCCGACUCCAGGAACCACCGCGUGCAGAUAUUCGAGUCCAACGGUAGCUUUUUAUGCAAGUUCGGCACUCAGGGAAGCGGCUUCGGUCAGAUGGACCGUCCUUCAGGUAUUGCUGUCACCCCUGAUGGCAUGAUUGUCGUGGUCGACUUCGGAAACAAUCGAAUUCUCGUCUUCUAAUCCGUGUUUGAAUUAGGAAGAAACUGUCUCAGGGAAAUUCUUCUAAGAGAAAAUGAAAAAAAUACAACGUUAAUUCAAACCUACCUCAUCUUUAAUUUUUUUACAGAUGAAUGUACUUACCUUUUCUGCAGGGAGUGAGCCUGUAAAAUUGAAUUCUAUCUACCUCAUUGUCCUCCCUUCCCUCCCCAGUUUCUCACCCCCUCCCCAUCCCCACAUACUCAUAGUUCAGAACGUUUUACCUCUUUCCCCCGAUGGGGUUUCAUGCACAAACGAGAGUUGCUGUGCACAUUAGGUGGUUUGUGUGGUGAGUUCUGUUAGACUAAGCCAAGAAAGGCGCUAUGUAAUUUUUAAAUGGAGAAAAUGGUAGUAGGUGUUUGUAGAGAAUUUGUGUUCUUGACCAUUCUGCAGUUCUGUGGGUGGGGACAUGGGAGGGAGGGACAUUUGUUGUUGUUGUUUUGUUUUCUUUUUUUAAAUUGCUGCUGCAGCAGAGAACUUUUUCCUGUUCUCCUUUUUAUACCUCAGUGUGUUUGAUUUACUGGCGAGCACAGCAUCUUGUUCCCAGACAAUUUUGAACGUUUUAUGAAAGUGAGUGGGAUUCACUCGCCAAGAAGAGCAAGUUUGCAUCUUUUUUGGCAUUUCUGUGUAUU